CCACCUUUCUAAUUAGCCUGGCCAGCCCUGGCUCUCCUUUCUCCUCCCUCCCGCCGCCAGCCCUUGCGGUGCCGCCCCCCGACCCACCGCAUCUAGUCCGGCAAAGGGGCUGCCGCAGCUCCCUCGCUCGCGUCUCCACCGCCCCCUUCGCCCCCCUCCGUCCCUUUUUUUCUGCGUGCGCCCUCUAGUGGUCGGACUUCAGCUCCCAGCACCAGCUUCCACGGCCAGCCGGCGAGGAAGGCAACAGUAGUGGAGCGCAACCAGCCGCUUGUCCUUUGCCCAGAGUCGGCUUCUCGGGCGUCUCGCUUCUGCAGUUGGCUACCUAAUUGAAGAGACUGGCAAUAGCAGGGAUUUAAUUUGCAGGCAACCCAUUUCAUGGAGGAUUUAGAAAAUAAUGAAGAACUCCCCAGAACUGAGUUGGAGAUCUGUUAUCUCGUUUAGACACUGUAAAGCCGGCCAUACACAUUGAAACCUUCUCACAAUCACAUUUGAUCUCAGCAACUGGUUCCAUCCAGCAUCUGGCGGAGGGUGAGGUUGUCCUCCACCACCACAACAAAUUGCAACUUGUGGACUCAGCAGUGCCCUGGAUGGCAGAUCCAGUGUCCUACUUCCAGCUUGUAGCCUCUCACAUAUGGACUCAAUUCACCAGAAAUUUUGGGUUGCUUUCCUGCUCUUCCGUUGCCUGGCAUUGACUGGGUCAGUUGGCAUCCUGGAUCCAGCAAUACAGAAGCAACUUGACAGCCAUCAACUGAUCCAGUUUGCUGACCAGGCAUCAUGUCAGGAGAUUAUGAUGAGGAUAGGCAUCGCAAGGCAAUGGAGCUCCUUCAUGUGCUGUGUUCCAACACAUGUGCUGCCCAGGAGCGUGAGAAGUGCCAGGAACUGACAGGACAUGUGGGUCCCAUCAACACAGAGAUCCUGGUUAGCCUUCUGUCUGUGAUUGUGACUUUCUGCGGGAUUGUGCUGCUGGGCGUCUCCCUUUUCGUCUCUUGGAAACUAUGUUGGAUCCCCUGGCGGGAUAAAGGAUCCUCAUCACAAACCCAACGCAAGGAGCAUCUUCUCCAUGCCCAUCUCCACCACUCGCCUUUUGGGGAUCUCCUGGCUGAGCGGGUAGAAUUGGGUCCCGAAAUGCCUGAGAGAUCGUACCUCGAUAUGGAUUCCUAUCCCGAGGCCAACCUCAAAAUUAGCCAAACCUCCCCUGACCUCCCUGUGGAAAGUCAGACGGGUACCAAGGAAGGCAGCAUUCCCAAUGCCCACUCCCACCAGCAAGUAGCAAGCUUGGCACCCACUCCCAGGUACAGCACACUGCCACGUCCUGUGACCCAGCAAUUGAGCAGCCCAGACACUGGAGUCCAUGGUGGAGGAGGAGGAGGAGGAGGAGAAGACAAGGUGGAACAAGUGACCAGCAUUGGGCAGAUAAAACCUGAACUGUAUAAACAGCGCUCAGGUGAGGCAGACUCCAAGAAAGGGGAGGCUCCAAGCUGUGGACAAUUGAGCUUUGCCCUCCGCUAUGCCUACGGCACGGAGCAGCUGGUGGUCAGGAUACUCCGAGCUUUAGACCUACCUGCCAAAGAUGCGAAUGGAUUCUCUGACCCCUAUGUGAAAAUGUACCUUCUGCCUGACCGUAAAAAGAAAUACCAAACAAAGGUGCAUCGCAAAACACUCAAUCCUAUUUUCAAUGAGACCUUUAACUUCAACGUCCCCUUUGCUGAACUGCCCUCACGUAAACUUCAUUUCAGUGUCUAUGAUUUUGACCGCUUCUCCCGUCAUGAUCUCAUUGGCCAAGUCGUCCUGGACAACCUGCUGGAAAUUGCUGAGCGGGACAAUGACGCUCCCCUCUGGCGGGACAUCAUGGAAGCCAGUUCGGAAAAAGCAGACCUUGGGGAGUUGAAUUUUUCCCUCUGUUACCUCCCCACCGCGGGUCGUCUCACAGUUACCAUUAUCAAGGCUACCAACCUCAAAGCCAUGGACCUGACUGGAUUUUCUGAUCCCUAUGUUAAAGCAUCCCUCAUGUGUGAAGGGAGGCGCUUGAAGAAGCGUAAGACUUCCAUCAAGAAAAACACUUUGAACCCCAGUUACAAUGAGGCUCUUGUCUUUGACAUUCCCCAGGACAGCAUGGAGCAUGUCAGCAUUACCUUGGCAGUCAUGGAUUAUGAUUGCAUUGGGCAUAAUGAAGUCAUUGGCAUGUGUCGAGUGGGCAAUGAUGCUGAUGCACCUGGGAGAGAUCAUUGGGCUGAGAUGCUGGCAAAUCCACGUAAGCCCAUUGAACAUUGGCACCAGCUAGUAGAGGAGAAGACUUUGAACAGCUAUAUCAACAAGAAUCCUCCAGCUCAAGAUAAACCUAGCAUCAUAGUAGAAAGUGUUCAUUCAGACUAAAGCAACCACCAGCAGCCCUUUGCCACCAGGGACUGGUUCCAGCAAUGUGCUCUCAGAACUUUCUGGAGUGUUAACGUUUCCUCAGAUCCAUCUGAGAGGAAGUGCCAAUAGGAGAUCAUCUGAGGGAAGGACUGCAAGUUCCUGCUUCCCUCAAUCCCCAUCUUCCCCAGAAAGUUUGCUGCCUGAUGCAUUUUUCUUUUCAAAAGCCAUAGGGGCAGUCACCAAGGAGCAUUUUUCUUGUGGGAGGGAUAUAUUUUAUCUAGAGUAAAAAAAAAAGAAAAGAUCCCCCUCCUAGCUUAUAUAAAUGGGGGGUGGGAUCUUUUUUUUAACAUGCAUGCUAUUGGAGUCUUUGUUAUGGAAAGAGUCAAGAUGGUAAACUAGAAAUGUUACCUAUUCUUUGUUUUUCAAAAUUGCACAUUGGGCAGAAAAUCCAGAGGUUCCCCUUCCCCAUGGAGCUACUUAGUAGAAUUCUUCAGAUUGUUAAACUUACAGUCUUAUUCAGGAGGCAUAAUAGGGGACAGUCAUGGCAGGCAACCAUUCUUCUUUCUAUACCCUAUCCUGUGUAUUGGCUUCAAAUCUUCUCACGGCUGUGACUUUAGAGCCAGAUGACUGUUAACCCUUACUCUCUUUCUUGUUUUCUUUUCACAACAGAUCUUUUGAAGGCAUGAGGAAUGUCUUUGUGGGUGCUUGGUCUGAUGGGGUGGGGGCAGAGUUUCUGCAUAGUACCAGAAAGCAUGCAGGACCCAUUACCUCAGUCUUCAUGAACCUCCAGCCCAAGAAUAGGAGGGAGGGAGAAGAAAAAUGCCUUUCUUUCCUCGUCACUCAUCCUUGAUAGACAACUCUGUAAGUGAGCCAGGAGGACUCCCUGUGGACAUCCCUGCCAAUUUGCCCUGUUAGGCCUCCUGCAUCAAGAACCACCAUGGAAUUAUCUUCCUACAGAUUAACAUCAGGCUUGUGACUUCAAAGUGGCUCCAUAAUGGACUAAAUUAAGGCCUACUUUCUAACCUAGAAUUAGAUUUGUCAACAGCCAAUUCUGGACUCUUUCAUAUGUAUGUGUAAAUGUUUGGGGGUGAGAUAAUAGUGUGACUCCUAAGUCUCAUUACGUUUGCUGCUUCUAGCUUUGCAUGAUCACCCUCCACUCAGUUUGAAUGAGUGCUUUCCUGAUUUAAGCUAGGAUAGCCGCUUGGUCAGAGAAUCAAGAUGUCCUGAUUCUCGCCACUCAAGUCUCUACUGUGUUAUUUCCUUAUGUAGCCCCACCCCAUUUGUUUUUAGAUUUGGAAUGUCUUUCUUUUUCUUGUUCUCCUCCUAAGGUGCAUCCAUUUGUCAUUUUGUCUUGGUCUCUGAAGCUCAGUCCUGUUUAUGGUUGUUUUUUUGUUCUAACUGUGUGAAAUAAAGGGAGGGGGGAGGGAUAAAACAGGAGAAUUAGCCCUGCUUCCUAAACUUCUGUCACCCUUUUUUUGGAAAAGCCAUAUACUCUCCCAAUUGCUUGGCUAUAAGAUUUCUGGCAUUAAUGGGAGAGGGGGGCGGAAGGUGAUCUCUCUUCACAAUAGUUUGGAACUUGAAGUUGCUGCUAAAACCGUGACAUCAAUAAAACUGGAAGAAGAAGAAAACAAGUAUCUCUGGAAUUCAAGACUUUUUUGAACCAAGGUGGAGUAUAGCAGUGUAGAGAAAUGAAGAAUUGAGCCUGUAUUCAGCAUUCUACCAAUAUGUUCUGAUAAAAACAGAGAUGUUUAUGCUCUGUUUCAUCAGAAGAGUUAGAUAAGCUCUUUACAAGAGACUUGUAUGAUCAUCUGUUAUAGAGUAGGGCAGUGGUGGCGAACCUAUGGCACGGGUGCCAGAGGCGGCACUCAGAGCCCUCUCUGUGGGCACACGUGCCAUCACCCCAGU